AUACAGCAUUAGCCCAACUACAAGCAGCAAUGUGAUAAGCACAAACCAAAGCACCGCCCAGUCACCCACCAGAGGGGGCGCUUCGCUCUCCGUCAACCUCGCCCACAUUCGCGAGGCGAGAGAGAGAGGAUUGCGUCAAUACUGCGCGCCGGCUGCUGCAACGAGUGGCGCGUGGGGAGAUCUCGCGCGCGAUUAAAGGCGUUUGUUGGUUGGGCUCGCUGCUUUUGCGCGUGAGCAUUGAAGGUAGAACUUUAUUGAUCCCACAAUUUGUAGCAUCUUCAGAGAAAAACCAGUAAGAUAAUAGAAAAGUUCAUGUCAUCAGGAAUGCUACCAGAAAACCUUGUGGCAUCCAAGGUUACUGAUGUAGAAGGGAAACACAACAUUGAUCAGUUAGAAACUGAAGAGCCAGCAUUGGAAAAAAUGGAGAAUAUUGAAGCUAUGUCAAAGAGGCAAAGAAAGAAACUAGUGAAGCAGAAACAGUGGGAAGAACAAAGAAACCUGCGCAAACAGAAACGUAAAGAAAAACGGCUGAAGAGAAAACUGGUGCGCCAGUCUCAAUUGGAAUCAAGCAAUGAAGGAAGUUUCAGGAAACGUAUGCAUAAGGAUGUUGCUCCUAGUACACUUCGCCUUAUUAUAGACUGCAGUUUUGACAAUUUAAUGGAGUUGAAGGAUGUCAAGAAACUUCACAAGCAAAUUCAGAGAUGUUAUGCAGAAAAUCGCAAAGCACUCCAUCCUGUACAGUUUUAUUUGACUAGCCAUGGGGGCCAGCUGAAGGACAACAUGAAUGAAACUGACAAAGGAUGGGUAAACUGGAAGGAUAUUCACAUUAAAUCAGAACAUUAUAGUGAACUGAUGAAGAAAGAAGACCUUGUAUACCUUACAUCAGACUCUCCUGAUGUUCUGAAUGAACUAGAUGAGUCCAAAGCCUAUGUCAUUGGAGGCUUGGUGGAUCACAAUCAUCACAAGGGCAUCACAUACAAAAGAGCACAAGAACAAGGUAUAAGUCAUGCACAACUCCCACUAGGGAUCUUUGUGAAAAUGAACAGUAGGAAAGUUCUGGCAGUCAAUCAUGUGUUUGAGAUCAUCCUUGCAUACUUGGAAAAGAGAGACUGGGAGGAAGCAUUUUUCACUGUGUUGCCACAAAGGAAAGGAGCCAAACCAGUAAAUGAGACAAUUGAAGCCUCCACAUGCAAGCCGCAAAAGUCAGAAAUAGUGCAAGAUGAAAUCUCAGAUAGCGACUGAGCUCCUCUGGAUGUUAAUUUAUGUGAAAGGCUCCCAGAUGGCAAUGGGCAGGAAGCUGAACUAAUUCAGAGUGUGGAGUUGUUUCUGGAGUGCUGCUUAUCUGUUAUCAAGCACUGAAUUGUUUUUGCUAGAUCUGGACUUUUAUUGUUACUGAUGAAAUACUUGAUUUUUGGUAACUUUUUAGCCAGCUAAAGGGCAUUUAAAUAUAACUUUGUUUCCCAAGGAAGCUGAUAUUUAUUUUUCUUUUUAAUAUUUUUAUUUAAUAUUCCCCAGAAGGUAACAUUUCCUUACUCUGAAGCUGGCAGCAGAAUUUUAGUGACACUGAACAUUUAAUUAUGUUCUUAAUUUUUAUGGUUAUAACUUAAGUUUAAUUCAUUCCUAUCCUGUCUGCUAUUCUUAAAUAUACCCUGCUCUGCCUUUUUGCUUUAUUUUUGAUUAUUUGGGGGCUCUCUGGUGAUUGUCUGAAAUGUUCGUACUGGAAUUGUAAAGUUGAAUUUGUUGAUUUGAAGGGUGGGGGGAGCUUUUACAUUUGACCUCCACCUCCUACUCUUUAUCUUAAUAUAUCUCCCCUCUAAUCCUGGGUGUACAAUUGCCUCCUAUGCUUUGAAGUGUCAGGAUUGAAACUCCAAUUUACAAUUCAACACUAUUGGAUAUGACCCUGCUGCAGCUAAUAUGGUAGCAUGUCUAAGGGCUAUUUCUCACUGUAGGUUAGCUCUUUCCUAAACUAAGAAAGUAACCAACAGAACUUCAGCCACCUCAUUUCAUCAGUAUUACCAGGCCAUCCAGAGGAGCCACAGUUUGCACUUCUCCAGCAUGUCUUCAAAUUACUUUGCAGUGAAGGAAGGACCUGUGUUGUAGUAAAUCCAAUGGAAGAAGGAACCCUAAGUGCCACUGCAGUUGGCUGAUGGUUGUAUGAUAAAAGCAAGCUUUGCAUAAUUUUUAAAAGGUAAGUAAUUUGCCUUUGCUUCCUUCUUGGGUGGUGGACUAAUCUACUGUAGGAGAAUUGGACCUCAUUAUUCCUAAUCUGGCUAAUGUCUGAUUAGAUUUGAUCAAUGGAUUCUGGGUAAAUGAAUGGUCAAGGGUUUGCCUUCAAGAGACGAGUUUUUGCUAAAGUGUUGCUUCUAUGCAGGAGAAAUGAAAAUGGACUAGGCACCCAAAAUGAGGAAGGGUGAGUGGAAAAUGAGUUAGUAUGCUAGGACAUGAGAAAAGGGGAACCAGAUUGCUCAUGUCUGGAACACUUUGUAUAGGCACAAGUGAACCUGUGUGCAUAAUCUCAAGUGUGGUUUGGGGUCAGGAUAUUUAGGGGACAAAACGGGACAUACUGACCAAAAGAACAAAGAAGUAGGAUUCUCAUGCUGACCACAAAAACAGAGAAGUAAGAUCACCCCUGAACACGUGUAAUACCCUCCUGAGAACAGGGAACUGGUGUCAUAGGUGACAUGUGCAUUUGUGCUGAACCAAUAGGAUAGCUAGAUGUUUACCUCAUUGGUGAUGCUACAGUGGGUUUUGCAAAGUCAGUUGGAAAGGAUAUUAAUUAGGUGCAGGAUAAAUAAUUGCAGUCUUCUCUUUGGAAUCUGAGAAGUCCUACAUCCAGGAAUAUAAAAUGGUUUCAUGUGGGGUUCUGUCGUUCUAAGAUGCUCUGUAUUAGGGACAAUUCUUUAUUAUAAUAAACUCUUUAAUCUAUUUCUAGUGUCUGAUGGUUCUGUCCUACUGGCUAAGCCAACCCUCAUGAACUAGACUGUGAUAGCUGAAGGACUAUCUGCAAUCAGUUUUUAUAAAUAAAUUAAGAUCACACCUUCAGAGAAAUCAGACUUAAAAACAAUUCCUUCACUACUACAUGUUUAGAUGCACAUGUACUGUGGGGUUAUAAUGUUGCAGGGUCAGAUUAAAAAAAGAACCCUGCAUCUUCAGAGGUCUUCAAUUUUCAGGAGUUUAAAUAACUGUAAAAUUCAGUCUGUUACAAGAUCUUGAUAUGAACUACCCAAAGGUUACACUUUUACAGCACAUAAAUAUAUACAUAUACAUACAUACUACAGAGAGAGAGAAGCAAGUCUUACUGAGUUCAGUGGGACCUAAUCACAGGUAAGAGUAUAUAGGAUAGCAACAUUAGGUCCUAUUGAUUACAGUGAGGAGAAGCAUUAGAAUUGCUUAAUAUUGGCUGCAGUAGCUUAAACUAAACCCUAAUUUUAAAAGCUGGCCAUAAAAUACUAUGUAGUAUUCUAAUGGAGUUGAAUGAUAGUGUUUUCAAUAUUAGACAAUCCAAAUGUAUGUUAAUCUUAAAAUAGCGGAGAAAUGUAUAGUAUUAGCUCCUCUUUUUGCCUUUUUCUUAAUAAAUAAACCAAUAUCUUGAGUAGGAAAUGUGCAAUUGUUGGCACCUAUUUUAGCCUGAAGAAUGAAUUUGCAG